UAAAGAAGAAGACAGGGAAGUAGCAGCGGGAUAACAGUCGUUAGCUAAUGUAUUUAGCUCCAGUGUUUACAACAUUACUGGGCUCGUAUCCAGGAUAAAGGAGGACAAGAGGAACGCUUACGGGAAGUGGCGGUGCAGAGAUGGAUGGAGAUGACUGCAGUUUUCCUCCAGAUUUAUCGGACGAUCAGUCACAAAGAGGAAGUGUUGCUUCUUCUGCAACACUUUCCCGAGCUCAAGAUGUACUUGUAUACCUGUUUGGAGACAGUGCAGUCCACUUGACCAUAGAAGGGCUUGGCAGUGUUAAUGUGCAGGAGCUGGGACGCAGUGUUCGUGAGGCUCUUCAUAUUCCUGAUUCUGUACAGGAUACUUUUGCCUUCUGGUUAUGUUCUCCACUUCUUGAAUUGCAGUUAAAAGUGCGUCAUCAACCAUACAAACUGUGUCGGCAGUGGCAGGACCUGUUGUAUCGCUUCACUGAGGCCUCAGAGGAGGACAUUUCACAAGAUGAGCCAUUUCUCCAAUACAGACGGAAUGUGUUUUAUCCUAAAUCUAAAGAGCUGCAGAUCGAUGAUGAGGUAGUGCUGAAACUUCUGUAUGAGGAGGCCAAGAACAACAUCCUCACAGGUCGUUACCCCUGUGAUCCUGAGCACUGGAUGAGUCUUGGAGCCUUGUCUCUUGCUCUGGAUGAGGGAACUGGCCUGGACAGCCAACAGUUCACCUCUACUGUAAGAGAGAAGAAGCUGUCCUCAUAUUUGCCUGCACAUGUUGUCAUGGGGAGUGGAGGAUUACUCUCCACUCUGAGAGGGAAGUCGAGUCGUCAUGCAGGGCUGGAGCAGAACCUGUUGGCGGAGUACAGAAAGAUCAGCACAUCUGCUGGAAGCCCUGCUGAGCCCACACAACUCCUACACCAGUACCUCAACACAUGUCACUCUCUGCCUUAUUAUGGGUGUGGUUUCUUCAUUGGUGAGAUUGACAAACCAGUGCAGGGGAUCCUCCAAAGAGGAAAGCGCAAAUCUGUCAAUGUUGGGAUUUGCCUAGAGGGAGUUUAUGUGAUGGAUGUCAAAGAAAAGCACGUACUGCUCGGCCUGCGUUUCAGUGAGCUCUCGUGGGACCACAGUUAUCCUGAAGAGGAGGGCGACUCGCACAUUCUGUGGCUGGAGUUUGAUGGCGAGGAAGAUGGUACUCCAGUCAACAAGUUGCUUAAGAUUUACUCAAAACAAGCAGAGCUCAUGAGCGGCUUCAUUGAGUUCUGUGUUGAGCUGAAGUCCACGUCUGAGGGAGGAGCUGCAGCUGAAACGGACGGUGAGACGAGUCCGUCGCAGCAGCCCGCUGGACAAGAUGGUGGUAGAAAGAAUGGGCGUGGAAGGAGACGUGGGAUGCUGCACAGGCAAAACAGUGUUGUGUGCAGCCGGGUCCAUUCACUGAACACCAUCAACUAUGUGGACAAUGGGAAAGAAAUCAAACGCUUGAAACCGAAAAGAGCUGCGUCCUUCUUCACCCGACAGGCGUCUGCAGCGCCUACGUACUCGGCCGUGCAAGUGACAGAGAGUCUGGAGCAGGGUUAAGCUCACUCUUCUGCCCCGUUCCUCUCUUUAAGACCAAACGUGAACAUUUUACACUGAGAUUUAAACAAAAGACUUGACACAUGCUUGACACAUUUAACUGAUAAUAUAUGAACAUGCAGAGGACCAAGUGAGGGAUCGAAGUGUGUUCGAGACAAUAUUUAUCUUUUGAAGUUUUGUAUAUUAGGAGAGUACGGCAAUGUGAAAAGCAAAAUGAUCUGUUAACAGCUAUGCUUCCAAUUUCAAACUGAUGUGGCAAUUUAUUAGAUGGCCUUACUUAAAGAAAACAUCCUCUGAGCGCCGUUUGAUUGACCUGCUUCCUUCAUAAGUCUGAGACAAGCUUUAGAGAACUCCUCAGAUGAUGACUGUAUGAUAUCUCGUUACCUUUUCACACCUUUCCGCAGUACUUUUUACCAAUAUGACACAAAAAUGUUAACCUCAAAUGAGUUGAACCAUUACAUUACCUCUUUUUAUUCAAAUAUACAAUUUACCCUUAUAUCAUUUAACAUCUUCAUCAGAACUCAAGAAGAGUUAUAACAAACUCUUCACAGUCAUCAUGACAGACACUUUCAGGGUAUGAUCUAAAGGGCGUGUUCCCACUAUUCUGCUUUUCUUAACUGCCAGUGCCUUGUUCUCACGAAUGGGUGAAACCACUUUUUAAAAACUGCUGGUGGAAACGUUAAGCGAUUGGUGUUACCGAUCAUAAACAGUCCGUAUGGGUGCACAUUGGCUGUGUUGUGGAAAUUUCUUGUAAGUACAUUUAUUUCAGAUUUGCUGAUAUUUGCAACUUAUUGAGAGAAAGAAACAUGCAGGUGGUUGGUAUUAGAAUGAAUUUCCAUUAGUCAAAAAAGAGUAAUGCAAUUUUUUUUUUUGGUCCAGAUGUGGCUUUUAAUGGGAUAAAAUAGGUGUUUUUACAUCAAACUACUCGGAAUUGGUCUGAUACUGGCCAAUAUACUUAAAUGUAAAAUAUCCUAACAUUGAAAAUAAAAGUUAAAUCUGAUACGAUCUGUAAAUUUUAAAUACAUAAAUGCUUCACCAAAAACAGGCAACAUGCUUUAAAGAGAGAUAUAUGCCACUGUCGUUGUGUGACAAGGAUCUGAGUGAGAGUUGCUACUGUUGGCCAUGCAGUUGAAGCAAAUGCAUCAGCAAAAAUGUCAUACUUGUGCAACCUCUGACAUGAGAGAAGCUAAAUUUAAAGACUCCUUCCUGUUCUCCUUCCUGAAAACUAAACAAUAACUUUCAACUUUGUUGUUAAAGUCUGUGAACACCAAAGCAAGCCUGUCUUACGAGCUGAAACAUGGUUUACUAACUACCUUAACUUGCCAGAGUCAGAUUCCCUCCAGGUGUAUCUGUGAACUUAACCCCAAUCCUGUUUCAGGUAGUUUAUCUGCCUCUGACGUCCAUUGAACAAACAUGGUCACCUCACUAACUGGCCAUAACAGAUGCUAUACAUUGCAGAUAUGGUGGAUCAUUUACUCUUCCUGAUUCUCAUGAGCAUGAAAAGCAGAAUGUUCACACACAUUUCAAUCAGCUACUGUUUGUACCUUAACUGCAGCACUAAAAUAUAUAGUUGCUCUGUACACACUAUGCAUGUCACAUUAUAGAAUAGGCAUUCCGACUUACUACACAUCAUGUGAUCCUGCACUAUUAAUACUAAUACACUGUUUUUAAAUCUUUUACAUCUGCAGAUGGUUUUGUAUUGUUUGUUAGCUUUUAUGAAAGACUAUUUUUACUUUCCUUUUCAUAUACUUGUGAGUGUUUGUAUGCAAGAAUGAAGAAAUAGGUCAUUUAAAGCAUUGUCUUUCUUCGAGCAGUCACUUUGCAGAAACAUAAAGUGCCUUUUUGUUUAUACUAGUUUUGGUGCUUGGAAACCAGGAAUUCUGGUAUUUGUAUUUCCCAUUCUUAGGACUAGACAUUGCAUUUCACCUCUCCUUGCUGAUAUGAGUAUACUGGUAAAGUGGAUAUGUACACUGGGCUGCUGUUGAACAGUGAAUGGUGGAUUCUUCAUCAACAUAAACUUAAAUACUUAAAUAUUUUUUAAAUAAACAUGCAAAGUGGUCCCGUUUCUCAGAAAA